AUGCUCCGUUUGCUUUCAACUCACACCGUGCGCUUAUUUUGCAGCCAUUCUGCUCGAGGCAUAUCCUCUCGAGCACUAGCCACCAGAGCUUCAAUACAAAUCCCAAAGUCACAAAGGGCCAUUGUGUACGAGACACACGGCGGGCCUUUGCUCUACAAAGAGAUCCCCGUGCCCCAACCAAAACCUAACGAAUUACUCGUGAAUAUCAAGUAUUCGGGUGUCUGUCACUCUGACUUGCACUUGUACAAAGGAGAGUGGCCAUUGAAGGUCAAAUUGCCGCUAGUUGGGGGCCACGAAGGUGCUGGUGUGGUUGUGGCCAUGGGGGAAGCCGUGAAGGGCUGGGAGGUUGGCGAUUUGGCUGGAAUCAAGUGGUUGAACUCGCUGUGCCAGCUGUGCGAGUAUUGUACUUCUGGCCACGAGCCCGUGUGUUCUACUUCGGUGAUUUCGGGAUGCCACCAGGACGGAACGUUCCAGCAGUAUGCCGUGGCAGAUGCAAUUCAGGCAGCCAGAAUCCCCAAGGGCGUGAACAUGGCUGAAGUGGCCCCAAUUCUCUGUGCUGGGCUCACCACGUACAAGGCAAUGAAAGAGCUGGGAGCCAAAGCAGGCAAUUGGGUUGCCAUUGUGGGUGCCGGCGGUGGUUUGGGCAGCUUGGCCGUCCAGUAUGCGAAGGCAAUGGGGUUCAUGGUGUUGGGUAUAGAUGGAGGGAAGGAUAAGACGCAGUGGGCGAAGUCUUUGGGUGCCCAUGAAGUGGUGGAUUUCACAACGGUGCCUGAUUUGCCCAGAACUGUGGUGGAGAAAACCGGUGGAGGCGCUCAUGCUGUGAUCAACGUCUCGGCUUCUGCUACAGCGCUUCAGCAGGCUUUUGCCUACGUGAGACCUACGGGCUCGAUAGUGUUGGUGGGGAUCCCGGGGAAACCAAUCAUCGACUUGCCAAUUCUCCCUACCGUGAGCAGACAGUUGAAAAUUGUCGGGUCCAUGGUGGGAAACAGGAAAGACACUCAAGAGGCUCUUGAGUUUUUUGCUCGAGGAUUGAUCAAGUCUCCAGUCAAGGUAGCUGGGUUGUCCGAGUUGCCCAGGAUCUUUGAAGAGAUGGACAAGGGAGUCAUCUUGGGUCGCUACACGGUCGAUACAUCGAAGUAA